AUGCCCAGACCAGCCACAAGUUCUCUUGCUCUCACAGGAAUGCACCAAAGAUUCCAAGCUCCCACCAUACGCAACAUUAUCUAGACCGUGGAAAAGAGGCGGUCGAGCUCAUCACGUUUCAUAGUCUACAAGUUCGGAGCAAUCAGUUGAGUGACUUCCGAACACACGUUACAGGAAAUCGCCGUAAAUACUUGACGAGGCUCAUCUACCACAUAGUAUUGCCAGAAUACCCCAAAGAAGUAUACGGCCAUGUUGAGACGGCGCACGAGCAGCAAGCCAACAGUAAAGCAUUUACGCAUGCCAUUCGCGAUCUGUUCUCCACACCAAAGAGCUGGGAAGCCGAAGGAUUACAGAGCACUUUGCGCCUCGAAUUCCCUUUUCGAGGGGCCUAUUCUCAAACGGAUCUACGCGUUGAGCACAUGGUUGAUAUCAGACCCAGAGGGGGUGUGGACAUCUUCCAGAAGCGGUUUGAAGACUCAUUUUUGGAGAUAUCUGAUUCAGUCGACUUCCCAAGUCUAUCCAACGUUCUAUGGUUGAUUAUCCGUAGCAACAGUCCCCGACAAUUGGCACCAACCGUUGGAACAAGUCUUGCUGCACACCUACCGAACUUGAAAACAAUAUCCUGGCACUUUGGAGAAAGUGAUGAGAAAGACAAGAUGGUUAAAAAUCGUAUCAAGUUCGCCCAGGCGCUUGAUCAAACACAAAUACCACAUUGUUCUGCCGCUGAUCUGGAGUUCUAUCAAGGUGGGAGAAAUCACUCCCAGCAUCGCUACGGCAUCAAGCCUGACAUUUUAGCAGAGGUGCCAUCACAUCAUGGAAAGCCAGGACAUGCACGUGUACCAGCUGGGUCACCGUAUGACCAGCUCUGCUCAUCAUUGCGCCUCUUUUCUCACAACCUCACGUCUCUGAUUUUGAGCGGACACUUCGAUCCAUCUCUUUUCUGGCCAUCCAGGGACGAAACUUCAGCCUCCCCACCAACAUGGCCAAAUCUGGUCCAACUGAAAGUCAUGUUCAAUCAGGUCUCACCAUCAGGCGACUGGUACUUCACAGGCCAUCAGCCCGAUCCCGAUGACGCUGACGACGAAUACUGUCAAUUCCGCGAACACGGCGACGAGGCGACCUUGAACCCAUUUCUCACUGCAUUCUCCAAGGCCAUUCAGAAUAUGCCGGUUCUUGAGCACUUCAUGCUGGAGUGCGAGCUCGGUCACGAAUUAGGCUACUGGGAGGUGGCAUAUUAUGCGCCGGGGCAGAAAGCGGAAUGGGGAGAUGAGGGUCCUGAGGAUCACUUGGUGAGGAGGUUGUACUACACCGUCGGGGAGGUGUGUAAACCUAAUGGUGUCAUUGCAGAUAGGUUGAGGAGCGUAGGAAGAGAGAAAUAUGGGGAACAAAUUCUUGAGAGAUUCUUAGAGCGUAGGACUUGGAGGUACACAUAA